CUCUCGAUCUUGUCAAAUAGCGGUCGUGGCCGGCGAUAUGAACGGCACAGGAUAAUAUUUCUCCUCGCUGAAUCUCUCUCGCCUCUCUGACGUAUCCUAAAACCACUUCUCACAAUAGCUUGUUCAGCCUUUAUCAGCUAAGAUCUUGACCGCCUGCAAACACCAUUGCCGCUAGGGCGGCCUUUUAACCCCUGAAUCGGAUCUUGGCUCCACAUGAGAGAAUCCACGGCAGAGCACAUUGUGUAACUUGCUAACCCUAUCAGGUAAUUCCAUACAAGCAAAUGAGCGAUAUAAUAUCGCCCGUUGAUGCGCCGGUAACUGAAGCGAAGAGUGGCACCGAUGCCGCGAGGAUUGCAGAGGUGAAGGUGUGGCUCAGCUCUCAAUUUGAUGCGGCUGGUAAAGAUGUUCCUGAAUUUGAAUAUACUCCUCGCAGCAUUGCUCAUUUGUACAAUUUGGCCACUGUUUCCCAAGCCAAGACGCAGGCUGCGAACAUCCUCGCUAACGAUUUCCGCCAGAAAGCCACCGAGUAUCGUGCUCAAGCUGCAAGGAUUAGAGAGAUAUUGGAGAAUGUAGGGCUAGCACAAGAGAGUUUGCCCUCAAAUGUGGUUGGGUCUGCUCAAGUUCUUGCAAAUGUCGCAAACUUGUUGAACAUAAGAGACACUGAACUAAACAGUUUUCUUGUGGCAAUGGGGGAUAUUUCCUUGAGAAAGACUGCAGUGGAGGAAAAGAGAGCUAAAGCACAGAAGGAGUCCAAAAUUCUUCUUGAUUACACUCGGAAGGCAAUUGCAAGACUUACCUAUUUAAAAAGAACACUUGCACAACUUGAGGAUGAUGUAGCUCCUUGUGAAGCUCAAAUGGAAAACUGGAAGACAAACUUGGCAGUUAUGGCAUCAAAGGAGCGACAAUAUCUGCAACAAUAUUCCAACUACAAGGCACUUCUUAAUCGCGUGGGCUACAAGCCAGAGAUCAGCCAUGGAUUAUUAGUUGAAAUGGCCGAACACAGAAAGGACUUGGAGAAGAAAACAAAGCCCAUUCUGGAUACUCUAAGGAGUUACCAGGACUUGCCACCGGAUAAAGCAUUAGCUGCUCUAGCAAUAGAGGACAAGAAAAGACAGUAUGCUGCUGCUGAGAAGUAUCUUGAAGAUGUGUUGCAAUCAGCCCUUGCCACUUCUGAUUAAACACCUUGCAUAUAGAUUAUUGUUGCGUUCUUGUAUUGGUUCAGGUACAUUUUUCUAUUUCUAUUGAAACUAUGAAAGGAUUUUCUCUGAUGCGACAAGUGUAUCAUUAAUUUCUGGUUUUCUCUUCGUUGUAUUUGAUGCAAGGAGCAAGUAUAUGUUUAAUAUAGGUGUUGGGAGUACAAAACAAGGAUCAGCAUAUGUUCUGUUUGAGGGGAUCUUCUUCUCCAUAAUAGCUUGAAUGAUAUGUGCAACGAGUAUCAUACAUCCUUUGGUGCGUAGGCUUUGAAAAUUAUUAGUUUGGUAGCUCUAUGCUCUUUCCCCAUUGUCCGCGGGUUGCAUGCAGAAUGCAGUUGUCAUGGCUAAAUACAUUAACUCUUGUACUACCAUGGAUUAACUAAUUUAACAAAAUUAGAGUAGAAUUAGCAAAAAGUAAAGCCAUUUUACCAUUUUUUGCUAUUUUUGAUAAGACAUGGCUAAUCUACGUUUAAUUUUUAUGAUUUGUUA